AUGGGUGUCGAGUGGAUUGCCUUGAUGUUGUUGGGAUUCCCCGCACAUGCCAGUCUUUGCUCCACAUUCUCCGAAACCACACAGCCAACAAUCAUCUACCUCUCCUUCUCCUUCUCGGUUCGUUCAGGAACCGACUCAAUCACAAAGAGAUCAACGCAGAGCUUUGACAACAUGCAAUUGGGGUUGAAGGAGAGCCUCCCUGCUCUGGUAACCAAGCGUUUCAUUGCUGCCAAGGAAGGUGGCCACCUGAUAUUCUCACAUACUCAUCUCUCCAUAGUCAACUCUGGAGGAAUCUCGGCUAACCCCAAGGUCUCAAAGUAUCAACUUCGUUACUGCCCAGCUCUCGCAAAGAAACCUUCCGCUCCUAAACCCGACCAGGACCGAUCAGGUCCGAAGCCCGAUCCUUUCGAGAAUCCCUCAGCAGAACUUUUGAUCGCUCAGAUUCCUCAAGAAAAUCCGACAUAUACACUGGUGUUGAACAAAUACCCUGUCAUUCCUAAUCACUUCAUUCUCGCGACCAAGGCAUGGAAGUCGCAAACGGAUCUACUCGAGAAGGAAGAUCUGGAUGCUGCUUAUGCCUGCGUGAAAGCUUGGAGGGACGACCAGACGGAAAAGGCAGACUCAGGGUCAAAGAGACUAUUUGCAUUCUUUAAUUCCGGAGACGAGAGUGGCGCGAGUCAGCCCCAUAGGCAUUUGCAAUUCUUGCCAGUGGAAGCCAUGUCUCAGGGUGACUCGGGAAGUUGGCGACCUUUCAUUGAUACGGUUUCAUCACAGUCUGUAGGCCCCGAGUCAGAGUACCGACGCUUGAACCAAAUCCCCUUCGCCCAUUUUGCGCUACCAUUGCCACAGAACCCUUCAGCUGAUACGCUGCAUGCGAUCUACUUAUCUUUGUACAGAGUAGCGCUCUCAACUGCGAGGGGAAGCCUGGGGGACCACGCGCGAGUGACAGAUGGCCCCGCAGCCAUCAGCUACAACUUAGCCAUGACCGAGUCGACGAUGAUGAUUUGCCCUAGAAGAAGUGAAACUGGUCGGAUACCUGUCGACCCGAGCGCUUUGCGAGAUGUCCACGAACCUGGUGUCGUUACCCUGAACGGCACAAUCCUGGCUGGAACCCUUAUGGUCAAAGCUGAGGCCGAGUGGAAUGAGAUUCGGCGUAACCCGGAGACAUUGGCGGACAUACUCGCGACGAUCGGCUAUCCUCAGCCAGACUCUCGUGGACUCGCUCUUUUAUGA